GAAAAUCGUUUUCGAUUCAAAGUGGGCGGUAUUGGAAUCUUGAUGACCAUAGAUUCUGGUGCAGCUGGCAACUUAAUUGAUCUUCAGACUUGGACUAGACUGCAGAGAGAUGGUGCCAAGGUAAAAUUCAGCCGACAAGUCGACCGUUCGUUCAAGGCGUACGGCACUGAACGCCCUCUGAACAUGGUGGGAAUGUUUUCAGCGGAAAUUGAAGCGGGAGGCCACAAGGUAGAAGCUGUGUUCUAUAUUGCAGAAAACGGGAAACAAUGUCUCCUUGGAGACGAAACAGCGAAGCAACUCAAAGUGUUGAAAAUUGGUUAUGGCGUAGCAUCAAUUCACCAACAUCCUAAACCAUUCCCUAAAAUCAAAGGUGUUUUAGUGGAAAUUCCAAUAGAUUUGAAUGUCAAAGCAGUACAGCAGCCAUACCGACGAGCACCUUUCGCAUUGGAGGAUAAAAUUGCCGACAAGUUGCAAUACCUACUGAAUCAAGAUAUUAUCGAGCGGGUCGAAGAGUCAUCCCCCUGGGUUUCUCCUAUCGUACCGAUCUUGAAAGACAAUGGAGAAGUUCGUCUCUGCGUAGACAUGCGCAGGGCGAACCAAGCCAUCGUUAGAGAAACGCAUCCAUUGCCUAUUGUGGAAGAGAUGUUUGGAGGUAUCACGGGAGCAACCAGAUUUUCAAAACUCGACAUAAAAGAAGCUUAUCAUCAGGAUCAGACUGGCAGUGGGACCUAAGAACAUUUGUACUGAUGUAUAAUUCAACACCGCAUUCAACAACGGGGGUGGCCCCUUCUAGCAUGCUGUUUGGAAGAAAACUCAAAGAUAAACU